GAUGAUUAGAGCCUCAAAUAAACUAAUAAGAUAUCCUUUUUCAGCUACAUAUGUUAGUGGGCUAUUUGAACAUUGGUAAAAGAACCCUUAAUCAGUUCCUGAAGGAUGGAGACAAUAUUUUAGCGAAUAAGUUUACUUUUAGUAUUAUUACUAGAUUAAUGGAGGAGCAGGCGUCUAAGGCACAACUUCUUUGAAUCCAUUAGAUCAUGCUAAACAAAUAUAAUUGCUAUAUCGCACUUAUUAUAUGUUUAGAAUGUUUUUUGUAUGUGGACAUUAAUUGGCUGAUUUAGAUCCAUUAAGUAAUCUAAUUUUGUGAAUUACUAUUAGAUCUACCUCAUACAAAAGAAUACGGUAGAGUAAAGGGUUCAAGACCAGAGAUGACUUUGGAUAGUUUUGGGUUUAAGAAGGAAGAAUUAGAUAUUCCAAUUUAUUUUGGAAAUAAGGAUUAAAGAUCAUUUAUCUAUGUACAUUAUUAUUUUAUAUUUUAAGCCAUUUAUGGAAGCUAAGGAUGAAUGGACAAUUAGAGAGAUCUAUGAUAGAUUAUCUUAAAUAUAUACAAAAAAAUAUGGAGUUGAAUACAUUCACAUGGUUUCCACUGAAUAAAAACAUUGGAUUGAACAAGAAAUGGAUAGAAUAGCAUAAUGGAAACCAAGUAAGGAAACAUAAACAGCAACUUGGUAGAGAUUGGCUAGAGUUGAUCUAUUUAAUGAAUUUUUGAAAAACAGAUUCACAACUAGCAAAAGAUUUGGAAUUGAAGGAACAGAUACAUUAAUUGUAGGUUUAGAAGCAUUAGUAGAUUAAUGUGCUCAAAAUAAGGUUGAACAUAUUAUUGUAGGAAUGGCUCAUAGAGGAAGAUUAAGCACAUUAGCUAAUGUAUUUAAGAAACCAUUAGAAAUAAUAUUUGCAGAAUUUUAAAAUAAAUAUAGUAAAGAAAUAGAAGAAUCAUGGGGUAAUAUUGGAGAUGUGAAAUAUCAUUUGGGAGUUACAAGAGAUUAAUAGUUUCCAGAUGGACAUCAUAUUAGAAUGACUAUGUUACCAAAUCCAUCACAUUUAGAAGCUGUUAAUCCAGUUGUAUAAGGUAAGACUAGAGCAUUGUAAGAUAUUUGUGGCAAUAAAUAACAUUGUUUAGGCAUUAUUAUUCAUGGAGAUGCUGCUAUGGCUGGUUAAGGUGUUGUUUAUGAAUCAUUAUAACUUGAAAAUCUAAAUGGAUAUUCAAAUGAAGGUGUAAUCCAUGUUGUUGUUAAUAAUUAAAUUGGAUUUACUACAACUCCAAUUGAUAGUAGAUCUGGUUUAUAUUGUACAGAUGUUGCAAAAGCUAUUGAUGUACCAAUUAUUCAUGUGAAUGCUGAUGAUCCUGAUCUUGUUGAAGAAAUAUUUAAAAUUGCUGUUAGAUUUAGAUAGUAAUUUAAAAAAGAUAUAGUAAUUGAUUUAAUUGGAUAUAGAAGAUAUGGUCAUAAUGAAUAAGAUUAACCAGCAUUUACUUAACCAUAAAUGUAUGAAAUCAUAAAUAAAUAAAAACCUGUAUUUUAAAUAUAUGAUCAAUAAUUAAGAAAAAAUGGAGUUAUUACAGAUGAUUUUGCAAAUAAUGAAAUUAAGAAAUUAAAUAAUAGUCUUGAAACAGCUUAUAAAAACAUUUAAAAAGAAACUUUUGAUAAAGUACAUUGGGUACCUAAACCAUGGGAAAAAAUUUAGUAAGUUACAAAAUGGGGAAAGGUAAAGGAUACAGGUGUUGCUUUGAAAGAUUUAUUAGAGUUAAAUGAGAAAGUUAAUAACUUACCUGCUGAAUUAACUGUUCAUCCAUAAGUUAAAAGAAUUUAUGAAUAAAGAAAGUAGUCUAUUGAAUAAGGAAAAGGCAUAGACUUUGGUACAGCUGAAGCUUUGGCUUUUGGAACUCUAUUACAUGAAGGAUUCAGCAUUAGAUUGAGUGGUUAAGAUUGUGANAGAUUCACAACUAGCAAAAGAUUUGGAAUUGAAGGAACAGAUACAUUAAUUGUAGGUUUAGAAGCAUUAGUAGAUUAAUGUGCUCAAAAUAAGGUUGAACAUAUUAUUGUAGGAAUGGCUCAUAGAGGAAGAUUAAGCACAUUAGCUAAUGUAUUUAAGAAACCAUUAGAAAUAAUAUUUGCAGAAUUUUAAAAUAAAUAUAGUAAAGAAAUAGAAGAAUCAUGGGGUAAUAUUGGAGAUGUGAAAUAUCAUUUGGGAGUUACAAGAGAUUAAUAGUUUCCAGAUGGACAUCAUAUUAGAAUGACUAUGUUACCAAAUCCAUCACAUUUAGAAGCUGUUAAUCCAGUUGUAUAAGGUAAGACUAGAGCAUUGUAAGAUAUUUGUGGCAAUAAAUAACAUUGUUUAGGCAUUAUUAUUCAUGGAGAUGCUGCUAUGGCUGGUUAAGGUGUUGUUUAUGAAUCAUUAUAACUUGAAAAUCUAAAUGGAUAUUCAAAUGAAGGUGUAAUCCAUGUUGUUGUUAAUAAUUAAAUUGGAUUUACUACAACUCCAAUUGAUAGUAGAUCUGGUUUAUAUUGUACAGAUGUUGCAAAAGCUAUUGAUGUACCAAUUAUUCAUGUGAAUGCUGAUGAUCCUGAUCUUGUUGAAGAAAUAUUUAAAAUUGCUGUUAGAUUUAGAUAGUAAUUUAAAAAAGAUAUAGUAAUUGAUUUAAUUGGAUAUAGAAGAUAUGGUCAUAAUGAAUAAGAUUAACCAGCAUUUACUUAACCAUAAAUGUAUGAAAUCAUAAAUAAAUAAAAACCUGUAUUUUAAAUAUAUGAUCAAUAAUUAAGAAAAAAUGGAGUUAUUACAGAUGAUUUUGCAAAUAAUGAAAUUAAGAAAUUAAAUAAUAGUCUUGAAACAGCUUAUAAAAACAUUUAAAAAGAAACUUUUGAUAAAGUACAUUGGGUACCUAAACCAUGGGAAAAAAUUUAGUAAGUUACAAAAUGGGGAAAGGUAAAGGAUACAGGUGUUGCUUUGAAAGAUUUAUUAGAGUUAAAUGAGAAAGUUAAUAACUUACCUGCUGAAUUAACUGUUCAUCCAUAAGUUAAAAGAAUUUAUGAAUAAAGAAAGUAGUCUAUNAGAUUCACAACUAGCAAAAGAUUUGGAAUUGAAGGAACAGAUACAUUAAUUGUAGGUUUAGAAGCAUUAGUAGAUUAAUGUGCUCAAAAUAAGGUUGAACAUAUUAUUGUAGGAAUGGCUCAUAGAGGAAGAUUAAGCACAUUAGCUAAUGUAUUUAAGAAACCAUUAGAAAUAAUAUUUGCAGAAUUUUAAAAUAAAUAUAGUAAAGAAAUAGAAGAAUCAUGGGGUAAUAUUGGAGAUGUGAAAUAUCAUUUGGGAGUUACAAGAGAUUAAUAGUUUCCAGAUGGACAUCAUAUUAGAAUGACUAUGUUACCAAAUCCAUCACAUUUAGAAGCUGUUAAUCCAGUUGUAUAAGGUAAGACUAGAGCAUUGUAAGAUAUUUGUGGCAAUAAAUAACAUUGUUUAGGAAUCAUUAUUCAUGGAGAUGCUGCUAUGGCUGGUUAAGGUGUUGUUUAUGAAUCAUUAUAACUUGAAAAUCUAAAUGGAUAUUCAAAUGAAGGUGUAAUCCAUGUUGUUGUUAAUAAUUAAAUUGGAUUUACUACAACUCCAAUUGAUAGUAGAUCUGGUUUAUAUUGUACAGAUGUUGCAAAAGCUAUUGAUGUACCAAUUAUUCAUGUGAAUGCUGAUGAUCCUGAUCUUGUUGAAGAAAUAUUUAAAAUUGCUGUUAGAUUUAGAUAGUAAUUUAAAAAAGAUAUAGUAAUUGAUUUAAUUGGAUAUAGAAGAUAUGGUCAUAAUGAAUAAGAUUAACCAGCAUUUACUUAACCAUAAAUGUAUGAAAUCAUAAAUAAAUAAAAACCUGUAUUUUAAAUAUAUGAUCAAUAAUUAAGAAAAAAUGGAGUUAUUACAGAUGAUUUUGCAAAUAAUGAAAUUAAGAAAUUAAAUAAUAGUCUUGAAACAGCUUAUAAAAACAUUUAAAAGGAAACUUUUGAUAAAGUACAUUGGGUACCUAAACCAUGGGAAAAAAUUUAAUAAGUAACCAAAUGGGGAAAGGUAAAGGAUACAGGUGUUGCUUUGAAAGAUUUAUUAGAGUUAAAUGAGAAAGUUAAUAAUUUACCUGCUGAAUUAACUGUUCAUCCAUAAGUUAAAAGAAUUUAUGAAUAAAGAAAGUAGUCUAUUGAAUAAGGAAAAGGCAUAGACUUUGGUACAGCUGAAGCUUUAGCUUUUGGCACUCUCUUACAUGAAGGAUUUAGCAUUAGAUUAAGUGGUUAAGAUUGUGAAAGAGGAACAUUUUCAUAAAGACAUGCUGUAAUUAAUGAUCAAAAGAAAGAUAUUAAAUAUUAUCCACUUAGGAAUUAUAUACCUGCUGGGGGAAAUAAUAGAUUUGAAGUUUAUAAUUCUCCAUUAUCAGAAUAUGGAGUCUUAGGAUUCGAAUAUGGAUAUUCUCAAUCAAAUCCUAAUGUUUUGACAAUUUGGGAAGGAUAAUUUGGAGAUUUUGCAAAUGGAGCAUAAAUAAUGAUAGAUAAUUUCAUUACUUCAGGAGAAUCUAAAUGGAAUGUACCAUCAGGACUUGUUAUGAUGUUACCUCAUGGAUUAGAUGGUUAAGGACCUGAACAUUCUAGUGGAAGAAUGGAAAGAUUUUUAUAAUUAAUGGAUGACGAUCCUAAUAUUGUAUUUUAAAUGAAAGAAUAGAGAAUUAAAAGAUAGAUUCUAGAUUCUAAUUUCUAAGUUUGUGUUUGUUCAAAUCCUUCCAAUUAUUUCCAUUCUCUACGUAGAUAAUUAAGAAGAGACUUUAGAAAACCUUUAAUUUUAUUCAAUUCUAAAAGAUUACUUAAAUUCUCUAAAGCCACUUCUGAAAUUUCUCAUUUCCUUGAAGGAACUAGAUUCCAUAGAUUAAUUCCUGAUUCUCAUGAAGAAAUUAAAGCACCUAAAGAAAUAUAAAAAGUUGUUAUUUGUUAUGGUCAAGUUUAUUAUGAUAUUUUACAAAAAAGAUAGGAUACAAAAAGAAAUGUAAAUAUUUAUAAAUAUAUUUAGGAUGUUGCCAUUCUUAGAGUAGAAUAAUUAGCACCUUUUCCAUAUGACCAUUUCAGAGUUGUUGCUUAACAAUACGAAAAUGCAGAAUUUGUAUUCUGUUAAGAAGAACAUUAAAAUUCAGGUGGUUGGCAAUAUUUAGAACCAAGAAUUUAAAAUGUAUUAUCUAAUUUUAUUUAGGUUUUAUCCUUGCUACAUCAAUAAGGCAAAAUUAAACAUCAAUAUUUAACAUUUUGUGGUAGAAGACCUUCAGCAUCAACAGCAAGUGGAUCCCCAACUGUACACAAAUAAGAAUUAGAAAAGCUAUUAAGUAUACUCUUUUAAUGAGUGU